CAGUAUUUCCAACGGCCUGUGAACGCAUCACCAAAGCUGCCUUUGACACUUCUAGCCCGACGUAAGCUAAUGUUCAGUAUGUCUGAAAAGGAGCUGGGGAAAAAGUGGGACCGAUGCCUGGCAGACGGUGCCAUUAAGUUUGGUACUGGCCUGGGUUUAGGAAUCGUCUUCUCUGUUCUGUUCUUCAGACGGCACACGUGGCCCAUUUCAUUCGGCUCAGGAGCGGGACUCGGGAUGGCAUAUGCCAACUGCCAGAACGACCUGAGGUCACAUUAUAUGCUGCACAGAAUCGAAAAGGAGCAAUAGCUUCACAUCAUCCAGGGACUGUCUUUUUUUAUUUUUUCAGCUUGUUUUGUUUGUUUUGUCUGUGGGAGAGUCACCAUUUGCACUGUUCUCCAGUUAGAUCCUCGUCUCCCUGUUGAACAAUCCAUCCCUAGUAUGACUCUGUAUAAUUUGUAUGUGCCUGAUUGGGACAGUCUGUGUUUAUUUAAUAAAACCAUCAUAACAAAAAA